UUAACCGACACAAUGGCAAUCCAGUAAGACUUGUCUUCUACAAGUCCCCGCGGACAUGCGCUGAUUCACCCUCCAGCUAUCUCAUCCUCCUCUCCCGGCAGGGCAAAGUGCGCCUCGCAAAAUGGUUCACGACCCUCUCACCUAAGGAGAAAGCCAAAAUCAUCAAGGAUGUGACUCAACUCGUUCUAUCCCGUCGGACACGCAUGUGCAAUUUCCUCGAGUACAAGGACACCAAGGUCGUCUACCGUCGAUAUGCCUCGCUUUUCUUCAUCGCCGGAUGCGCUUCCACCGAUAACGAGCUGAUCACCCUCGAGGUCGUGCACCGAUACGUCGAGCAGAUGGACAAGUACUAUGGCAACGUGUGCGAGCUGGAUAUCAUCUUCAACUUCCAGAAGGCGUACUUCAUCCUGGAUGAAUUGCUUCUGGCGGGUGAGAUGCAGGAGAGCAGCAAGAAGAAUGUGCUGCGAUGUAUUAGCCAGCAGGAUAGUCUGGAGGAUAUGGAGGUUGAGGAAGAUGUGGUUACGAAGAUCAUGUAGAAGCCUUGUCACUCGAUGAGCGUUUCUUUCUCUUACUGGUUGCUUUGUGGGUUUGCGAGGACAUGUGUUAUUGGCGUUCGGACGUAUAUAGGCGUUGAUCUUCACUAUACCACCCCCAGUGGCUAAUAAUACUACGUUGACUUGAAUCAGGGCAGUCAGGAACUCCUCGGCAAUCUCUCCAAGCAGGGUCUCCUGUGAUGACGGACUUUCGGGUCUUGCAUGCUGCAGUUCUCUGGUUCCCAUCGGGACCCGUGAGGUAGGUGAGUGAUAUCACUGGCUGAUUGCGGCUCCCACGUGACUCGGUCGCAACGCGCAACUCGAACCAUCCCCCAGUCGACGGCUCAACAUGAUCACCCAGUUUCCCCCUCUUUUAACCCCCUCUCAUCGCUUUUCAUCAUUAUAAUAUCUGAAGUGGCAUCUGUUGCUGUGAACAACUCAGAUUCACCAACCCGUUGUCCGCCCCUCUUCCGCUGAUCAAGCCAGCUGUUCCGCCUA